CAGCAGGCACCAUGGACUGGAAGAUGCUCCAGGCGCUACUGAGUGGUGUGAACAAGUACUCCACAGCCUUUGGGCGCAUUUGGUUGUCAGUGGUGUUCGUCUUCCGGGUGCUGGUGUAUGUGGUGGCCGCUGAGCGUGUGUGGGGCGAUGAGCAGAAAGACUUUGAUUGCAACACCAGGCAACCGGGCUGCACCAACGUGUGCUAUGACAACUUCUUCCCCAUCUCCAACAUCCGCCUCUGGGCGCUGCAGCUCAUCUUCGUCACGUGCCCCUCACUGCUGGUCAUCCUGCACGUGGCCUACCGCGAGGAGCGGGAGCGGAAGCACCGCCAGAAGCACGGUGAGCAGUGCGCCAAGCUGUACAACAACCCAGGCAAGAAGCACGGCGGCCUGUGGUGGACCUACCUGCUCAGUCUGGUCUUCAAGCUCAUCAUCGAGUUCCUGUUCCUCUAUGUGCUGCACACGCUGUGGCACGGCUUCACUAUGCCACGCCUGGUGCAGUGCGUCAGCGUGAUGCCCUGCCCCAACACCGUGGACUGCUACAUCGCCCGGCCCACCGAGAAGAAAAUCUUCACCUACUUCAUGGUGGGCGCCUCAGCCGUCUGCAUCGUGCUCACCAUCUGUGAGAUCUGCUACCUCAUCUUCCACCGGGUGCUGCAAGUCCUGCGCAAAGACAAACCAGCAAAGAGCCGCAGCCUUCCAUCCUCCACCAGCCGGGCCUCCACCUGCCGCUGCCAUCACAAGCUGCUGGAGGCCGAGGAGCUGGGUCCUCACCCAGGCGAUGCCAAGCUGCAGGCUUCUGCGCCCAACCUGACCCCCAUCUGA